UUGGCACUCGCCUUGUUGUCUCGGGAUUCACAACGAAAACGGGCGUUUGCUGUUCUCGGUCUUUUUGUGCGCCAGCUGUUUUCAAAUAGACAGGCGGUUACGCAGGUCCUACGUGGUGGUUGCUGCUGAUGCUGCUGAUGCUGCUGGAUAAGGUGGACAGCACAUUGUUGCAGCGGUCAGUAGAGUAGCAGCGCCGUCCGUUCCUGACAGACGAGGGCAAGCGCGGAAUGUUGGUGAGCAAGUUUUCUCUCAAAAUCCCAUGCAUUCCAUUCCGGCAGAGACGCCCAUUCCAAAUCACAAUUGCCUCGCCUUUUUUGUUUCUUCGCUUUCUCUCUUUUUCUUUUUCUCCCUCGAAACAAACAGGCAGAGAUCCGUCGGCAUCAGACAGACCCAGGCAGAGACAGAGACAGAAAGCCCGACCCCUGCCAUCGAUCGCGACGGCUCCCGUUUUACCAUUCUACCCGCGCAAACUUGCUCGAGACCCGACCCCUGCGACCCUUUUUCUGAGCCCAGGGGGCCGUGGUCCAAGAUAGCCCCCGCCCCGUCGAUCGCGGGAACGACAUUCGCCUCGCAUUUAUACCCUUCCCGCCGCCUCCCAUCCUGUCGCCCUCUCCCGUCACCCCAUUCACCCCUCGCCCCACCAUCUUUACUGUCUCUCUCGUUUUCUUGGUUAGCUGCUGCUCCCGUGCUAGUCGCGGUCGACCCUGUACACUACUACUUAUUUUCUGACUUCGUAAUCCAACCCAAACCUCGAUACCCCCCCCUUCCGCGCCCACCUUGGCUCUCGACCAGCUACAACCACAUAUACACCCACCCACUCACACUCACACCCACACAUCACCAUGAUCUUCCCGAGGCACGGCGCCGAGAACCACGGCGCGGCCGCGACGACCGGGGCCGCGACGGCUGGCAGCUCCAUGGCCGACAUGGACAUGUCGGGGGGCGGCGACGGCCACGGUUCCGGCGGCGGCGGCGGCGGCAUGAUGAUGAUGAUGAUGUCCGUCUUCCAGAACGACCCCAAGACGGCGCUCUACUCGACGGGCUGGACGCCCAAGAACGCGGCCGGCUACGCCGCCACCAUCAUCUUCCUGGUCCUGCUCGCCGUCCUCUUCCGCUGCCUGCUCGCGGCCAAGGCCUGGCAGGAGGCGCGCUGGCUCGACGCCGAGCUCAAGCGCCGCUACGUCGUGGUCAACGGCCGCCUGCCCAUGGCCGAGCGCGCCGCCUCGGUCGACUCGUUCGCCAAGCAGCCCCGCGCCGUCCUGUCGUCCAACGGCGUCGAGGAGGACGUGGUGGUGGUCAAGAAGCACACGACGGGGCCCCGGCCCUGGCGCCUCUCGGUCGACCCGCUCCGCGCCGUCAUCGACACCGUCAUUGCUGCGACUGGCUACCUCCUCAUGCUUGCUGUCAUGACCAUGAACAUCGGCUACUUCCUGGCGGUCCUCGGCGGAACAUUCCUCGGCUCCCUUGCCGUCGGCCGCUUCUCCUCGGGCUCGGAACACUAACUCGGACAAAAGCCGAGGCCAGAGGGUCGGUCGACUGUCGCAAGUUGCCAUGCUGGUUCAGGGCUACUCUCCCGUCUGUGUGUAUCUUUUUCCCUAUACGAUUAACGACCAAUCAUUCAAUAUUCUCGAAUAAAUGUCAAAAAAAAAAGUUCGGUGCUGUACAACUAUUUCGUGUCCUUUCUAUCUCGCCAUUCUUUUGUUACAGUUGCUGUGGUUCUGGACAGAUGGAACGACCAGCAUCUG